CAAAUUGUGAGAACAUAUCCUGUGCACAUCCUGUGCUUCAGGUCAUUCCACAGAUUCAUAGUUGGAUUCAGGUCUGGGCUCUGGCUAGGUCAUUCAAAAACAUUGAUAUGCUUUUAGUUGUCAUUAAUUUAUUGGUUUGGACAUAUGCCUUGGGUCACUGGUGUACUGAAAGGUGAAAUUCCUUUUCAUUUUCAUCUUACUAGCAGACAACUGAAUGUUUUGCACUAAAAUCAGCUGAUAUUUGUAGUUAUUUAUAUUUCCCUCCUCCUUGAUAAAUCCUGCAGUUCUGGCUGAAGAAAAACAGCCCUAAAGCAUGAUACUGCCACCACCAUGCUGCACCGUGUGUAUGGUGUUCUUUUGUUGAUGUGCUUUUUUUUCCUGCCAACCAUACCAUUUGGAAUUAUAAUACCUUUUGGAAUUGGUCUCAUCAGACUAUAACAUAUUUUGAAAAAUAAUUUGGGGUGAUUUAGUUCAACUUGGAUUUUUUUUUAAUGAGAAAGGGCUUCCAUCUCACCACCCUACCCCAUAGCCCAGACAUGAAGAAUAAGAGAGUGUUGUCACAUGCAGAGAGUAAUUAGUACUAGUAAGAUAUUCCUACAACUCCUUUAAUGUUGCUGUUGGUCUCUUGGCAGCCUCCCUGGUAAGUUUUGUCAUGUCCUUUUGUAAAUUUUGGAGGGACAUCCUGUUCUUGGUAAUGUCACUGUGGUGCUCGGUUUUCUCCUCUUGUUGAUGAUGGCCUUCAUGGUGUUCCAUGGUACAUCUAGGCCUAAUGUGCAGGAUUUUUUUUUUUACCCCUCUCCUGACUGAUUCCUUUUGACAGCGAAACACUGUACAGACUUUGUAAGCUCUUUGCGGACCGUGGCUUCAGCAGUCAGAUGAAAUCAAGAAGAUGUCAAGAAAAUAAACAGAAACAGAUGAUCUUUAUUUGGGGUUAAUCAGAAAAAAUGAAUUGAUGACAGCUGUAUAAAAAAGUGGGGAAAGUUCUUACAUGAUGUAUUUGGGUUAUUGGUUUAUUUAUUUUCAUCACAAAAAUAUGACAUUUUAACAGGGGUGUGUAGACUUUUUAUAUCCACUGUAUCAUAAUUCUCUGUUCUGCCAUCACAUUUUUACUUUCAUUUUUUAAAGAAGAAGACUACAAAUAGCCUACAUAUUUCACUCUUUCUUUGCUGUUGUUUUGUUACUGUUUUAAUGGGGUAUAUUGAGCAGUAUUUCUCAAUCUGUGUUUUGGGUUGUUGUUGUUUUUUGUAACAAUGGUGGAUCACAAUCCACUAUUAUUAAAGUUAUUAUAUUUAUUGAGUUCUUAUAGUUAUUAGCCUGUUUGACUGGUUCCUUGACUUGAAUGGGUUUAAUCCAAACCUCAACAACUCAAAUGCCUAUAAAUAAUGUCAACGUGGAACUAAUGUGUUCUGUCACUGGAAAGUUCAGAAAAAGAAAGCACUGUAGUUCUAAUAUCAGAAUUUUUAUUCUACACAUUCUUGGAUCAUUAUGUUCAUAAAUCUUUACUGAGGGGGUCUGUGGACUUUAUUUUGAAGUUAAAGGGGUCCCUGGCUGCAAAAGACUUGAGAACCCCAGAUUCAGAGCACUGUAUCACACACUGCAGCAGCGUUUCCAUUUAAUUAUUUUAUAACAAUCCUUGCAAUUAAAAUCUGAAGUCAGCCAGUCCCACUGGAGCAGAGUUACAUCAACAGCAGUGUCGUGUCUUCGCCUUUAUUCUUUCAGCUCAAAUGUGGACUUAGGACUCGGCUGUAGUCUGUCAGAAAAGUUCAUUUACCUCGGACAAAAUGUCAGCGACAGACUGGCUGUCAGAAACGGUUUGACACCAUGGAGGCGCCUUCGAGUGAAUUUAGCCGUUUGUGCACGUUUGAGAGCUUUAAGGAAAUCUGGCCGUAUUUCAGUUUUGGUUCUGAGCAGCAGGAGCUCAUCCGCCGUCAAUUUUCCAGGCUUAAAGAUAUUACCUACCUUGAUCAUGCGGGGACAACACUCUUUGCUGAAUCCCAGGUCAAGACGUUUUAUGAGGAUAUAUCCAGGAAUGUGUACGGUAACCCUCACAGUCUCAAUCCCAGCAGUAAGAUGACACAUGACACAGUGGAGAGGGUCAGAUACAGGAUACUGGAGCACUUUAACACAAGCCCUGAGGAAUACUCCGUCAUUUUCACUCCUGGCUGCACAGCAGCUCUUAAAUUAGUGGCUGACUCUUUUCCUUGGAUGUCUGCUUCUGAUGAACAUUCAGGAAGUCAAUUCUGCUACCUCACUGACAAUCACACAUCAGUAGUGGGCAUUCGGGGGGUAACUGGACCUCAAGGAGUGGGAACAGUGCCUGUCUUUCCUCAGGAAAUAGAAGAAAGAGCCAAAACUAGCCAAGUCACAGUGAAUACACAGGAUGAAUGCUUGGUGGCACAUCUUUUCUGUUUUCCUGCCCAGAGCAAUUUUUCUGGGCGGAAAUAUCCACUGAGCUAUGUGAGAGGGAUUCAAUGUCAGCAGCUCUACCCAGCGUGUGAGCACAAAGGUCGAUGGUUUGUUCUGCUGGAUGCUUCUGGUUUCGUUGGCUGCUCACCACUGGACCUGAAGCAACACCCAGCUGACUUUGUGCCCAUCUCUUUCUAUAAAAUGUUUGGAUUCCCCACUGGACUUGGAGCCCUGCUGGUGAGGAAUGAAGUAGCUGAGCUGUUGAAAAAGAAGUAUUUUGGUGGAGGGACAGCAGCAGCUUAUCUGGUGGGAGAGGACUACUUUGUACCAAAGUCUGACAUAGUUAGCCGAUUUGAAGAUGGAACCAUUUCAUUCCUUGAUAUUAUUUCCCUCCACCAUGGGUUUGAUGCUCUGCACAGACUGACUGGAAGCAUGAUGAACAUACAGCUUCACACAUUUGGCCUAGCUCGUUACACCUACAUCAUACUGUCUUGCCUGUGCCAUAGCAAUGCACAACCUGUGGCUCAGAUCUAUUGUGACAGUGAGUUUGAGAAUGCAACAGAUCAGGGUGCAAUCCUCAACUUCAACUUGCUGGACUUUUAUGGCCAAGUGAUCGGAUAUUACCAGGUGGACAAAAUGGCCUGUCUGUUCAAUAUUCAUUUGCGCACAGGCUGUUUCUGUAAUACAGGGGCCUGUCAGGCAUAUCUGGGCAUCAGCAACCAAGUGGUAAAGAGUAACUUACAGGCUGGUCAUGUCUGUGGAGAUAACAUUGACCUGAUAGAUGGACAUCCAACUGGGUCUGUCCGCAUAUCCUUCGGAUAUAUGUCAACUUUUGAAGACUGUCAGUGUUUAUUAAAGUUUAUUGUUGACUGCUUUGUGGAAAAACCGCUAAGACUGGACCUAAAGAGACUGGCAAGGUUAAAGUCAGCAGGAACGGCAGAGACCUCAGAUUCAAAUGAGCUGACCUCAUUGCUAACCGAGAGACCUGUGCCUGAGAUGAAUGGUUUAAAUAUCUCUCCUGCUUUUGUCAGCAAGACCUCGUCACAGGAUACUAUUCCAAUGGAAGAUAGGAACAGUGAAGAGGCUUAUACAUUGACCAAUAUCUUCAUAUAUCCCAUUAAGUCAUGUGCUGCAUUUGAGGUGACAGAAUGGCCUUUGGGCACUCAGGGGCUCUUGUAUGACCGCAUGUGGAUGGUGGUGAAUGAGAAUGGAGUAUGUCUGAGUCAGAAGCAAGAACCCAAACUGUGUCUCGUCCAUCCACGCAUCUGCCUAACCUCCAAGACACUGUGCGUGGAAGCCUCAGGUAUGGAUCCUAUUACUCUUCCCCUGGAGAUCAGUAAAGAAAGGCAUGGCCCAAGGACAUGUCAAAGCAAAGUCUGUGGUGACAGGGUACAGACUGUUGACUGUGGGGAGGAAGUGUCAGUUUGGUUGUCUGAGUUCCUGGGAAAACCUUGCUGUCUCAUUAGACAGAGUCCCAGUUUUGCCCGGGAUAUGAAAAUGGGCAAAGGAAAAGGUUCCUGCCCUCCUGCCCUCUCUCUGGUGAAUGAGGCUCAGUUUUUGCUAAUUAAUAGAGCUAGUGUGGCGUUUCUGCUCAGUCGCAUCAUCAAUAGGCAGGACAGCUCAAAUAAUUGCACCUCUUUCGACAUGCUGCAACUCAUCAAUCGUUUUCGGGCGAACCUCGUUAUCUCAGGCUCAGAGCCUUUUGAAGAAGAGGACUGGACAGGUGUAAAAAUAGAAGGCACACACUUUCAGAUGGCAGGCAAGUGUAGUCGUUGCCAGAUGAUUGGAAUAGAUCAGACCUCUGGCACUAAAUUCCAGGAACCUCUCAGAUCUCUGUCUGAUUGGCGGAGUGGAAAGGUCACAUUUGGAGUAUACUUGAAUUACGUUUUACAGAGAUCCAAUCCAUAUCCUACUUUAUCUGUGGGGUCCCAGGUAAAGGUUAAUCCAACAGGUGAAUUUUAGAAAACCACAACAACUGCAAUAUGGAGUAUGUGUAUAAAUCCUAGUCUUAAUCUGUGUUUGCAAAACUGUAUAAAUCUUAUGCCAAAUUUACAUUGCUGACAAUAAAACCAUGCACAGUGGAUUUAAGCUGAUUCUCUGUCACAACAUUAACUGUUGUUUUCAGUGAUUAUAAAUACAACAAGGUCUGGUUUCAGUUUUUUUUUUCCUAAUAAAUUAUACUGAAAAAGUG